UUAUUCAGCCUGCAACGCUGUGUGCUCCACAUCUGCAACUUCUUCACUCUCUCCGCAGCCUGACAGCUCUUACCAGACACUUUAAAGCCUUUGUUUUUCAACGCGUGUUGGAUUAUUACCUCAUCUUCAUCAUCUUCAUCAUCAUCUACCGGAGUUGUUGGUCGUGCAGCGGGAGCGCGCGCAGGAUGAGGAGGCUGCUCGCGUUCGCGGCUGGACUCUCGGCGCUCGUGUCGCUGUGUGUGUCUGCGCAGACGCUGGACGCGGGCGCAGACGGAGCUGCGCAGAUGCCUGUGGCGAGCGCAAACAGAACAGCAGAGCAGACGAAAGCGAGCAGAUCUAAGCGGCGGGGCGGCGGACAGGACGUUCUGAAGGGGCCGAAUGUGUGCGGCUCUCGUCACCACGCAUACUGCUGUCCCGGAUGGAAGACCCUGACCGGGGGAAACCAGUGCAUUGUCCCGAUUUGCCGUAGCUCCUGUGGUGAUGGAUUCUGCUCCAGACCUAAUAUGUGCUCAUGCCCGAAUGGUCAGAUUUCACCCUCCUGUGGAACCAAAUCAGUUCAGAACUGUAAUAUCCGCUGUGUGAAUGGAGGCACAUGUUUGGAGGAGACGUGUUUGUGUCAGAAAGGAUUCAGUGGAGCUCACUGCGGCCAGCCGGUGUGUGAGUCUGGCUGUCUCAACGCAGGCCGGUGUGUUGCUCCAAAUCGCUGUCUUUGUAAUUAUGGCUUCACUGGGGCUCAGUGUGAACGAGAUUACAGAACUGGGCCCUGUUUUGCGUCUGUCAGUAAUCAGAUGUGUCAAGGCCAGCUGACAGGGAUUGUGUGCACCAAGACGCUGUGUUGCGCUACGGUGGGUCGGGCCUGGGGUCACCCGUGUGAACAGUGUCCCGCUCAACCACACCCGUGCCGCAGGGGUUUCAUCCCGAAUCAUCGCUCUGGAGCCUGCCAGGAUGUGGAUGAGUGCCAGGCCAUUCCUGGACUCUGUCAGGGGGGGAACUGUGUUAAUACAGUGGGCUCAUUUGAGUGCAGAUGCCCGGCUGGACACCGCUUCAAUGAAGUCACGCAGAAAUGUGAAGACAUCGAUGAGUGCUCUAAUGUUCCGGGGCUGUGUAACGGAGGUCAAUGUUCCAACACCAUCGGCAGCUACUUCUGCAGGUGUCCUGUGGGAUUCGACACGACGCCCGAUGGCUCGCGCUGCAUCGAUGGCCGGACGGGGAUGUGCUAUGCCAGUAUUGUCAAUGGCCGCUGUGGUAACCUGCUUCCCCAGCGCAUGUCCAAGAGUCAGUGUUGUUGUGAGAACAGAGGAUGCUGGGCCGGAUCCACUGUACCAGAGAUGUGUCCAAUCAGAGGAACAGAGGAAUAUCAGACACUCUGUGUAAUUACUCAACCGGCUCCAGGACCGGGCCCAGGACCUGGUCCAUACCCGGGUCCCGGUCCAUACCCGGGUCCCGGUCCAUAUCCAGGUCCCGGUCCAUAUCCAGGUCCCGGUCCAUAUCCAGGUCCCGGUCCAUAUCCAGGUCCCGGUCCAUAUCCAGGUCCUGGUCCGUACCCGGGUCCCGGUCCAUAUCCAGGUCCUGCUCCGGGUCCAUAUCCUGGUCCUGGCCCAUAUCCUCCAGUACGGCCCACAUCUGCGGACCUGCCCACAAUCACCGUCAGGCCUGUGAUUCUGCCUCAGAAUGUCACUAUCAGGAACAUGUGUGAAGCCUUCCGUAAUCUGUGCAUCAACGGGCGAUGCGUGCCGACGCCGGGCAGUUAUCGCUGUGAGUGUAACAUGGGCUUCAGACUGGACGUCCGUGGGGAAUGCAUCGAUGAUAAUGAGUGCGAGCGGAAUCCCUGUGUGAACGGAGCGUGUGUCAACACAGACGGCUCGUAUUACUGCCAAUGUCCCGCUGGAUUCCAGAGCACAGCCACUAGAACCGAGUGCAAAGAUUUGGAUGAGUGUGUGGCCAACGGUCGUAUCUGUAACAACGGGCGCUGUGUGAACACAGAUGGCAGCUUUCACUGCGUGUGUAACGCCGGCUUUGAGAUCUCAUCAGACGGCAGGAACUGUCAGGACACAGACGAGUGUCUGAUUAGAAACAUCUGUUUGAACGGGAUGUGUAUCAAUGAAGACGGCAGCUUCAAAUGCAUCUGCAAACCAGGAUACUUGUUAGAUGGUGCUGGACGAUUCUGCAAAGAUGUGGAUGAGUGUGAGGUUCCAGGCAUGUGUAUGAACGGUCACUGUGUGAACACAGAGGGCUCGUUCAGGUGUGAGUGUAUGCCGGGACUUGCUGUGGGUCUGGACGGACGUGUCUGCGUCGACACACACAUGCGCAGCACGUGUUACGGUGGUUAUAAACGCGGUCAGUGCGUGCGACCUUUCUUUGGUGCUGUGACCAAAUCUGAAUGCUGUUGUGCGAAUGUUGAGUACGCCUUCGGAGAGCCGUGCCAACCCUGCCCGCCCCUCAACUCAGCUGAGUUCUCAGCUCUUUGCAGUCACGGCCCAGGAACUACGACUGAUGGCAGAGAUAUAAACGAGUGUGCUCUGGAUCCGGACAUCUGUCAGAACGGCGUGUGUGAGAACAUGUUAAGGACGUACAAAUGUAACUGUAAUCUGGGAUUUGAGGUGGACCUCACUGGAAAGACAUGCAUCGAUAUUGAUGAGUGUAUGAUGAACAGACAUCUGUGUGAGAACGGCUUGUGUAGAAACACACCGGGCAGCUUCACGUGUCAGUGUCCCAAAGGCUUCAGCUUUCAGUCGGAGACUGAAGUGUGUGAAGACAUCGACGAGUGUUUGACCAAUCCGUGCAUCAACGGCGAGUGCAAGAACAGCCCGGGGUCCUUUGUGUGUCUGUGCUCUACGGGCAGCACACUGGACAGCUCGGGAACGCUGUGUGUGGAGACCACUAAAGGCACGUGUUGGUUGAAGGUGGUGAACGGACAGUGUGAGAUCAAUAUAAACGGGGCGACGCUGAAGUCUCACUGUUGUGCUUCACUGGGGUCAGCGUGGGGGUCACCCUGUGCCAAGUGUGAACCAGACCCGUUCUGCUCUAAAGGUCACGCCAGGGUGAAAGGAAGCGUCUGCGAGGAUGUGAACGAGUGUGAAGUUUUUCCUGGCGUCUGCAUUAAUGGAAAGUGUGUGAACACGGACGGAUCGUUUGUGUGUCAGUGUCCCAGCGGCAUGACUGUAGACGCAUCUGGAAGAACUUGUGUAGACCUGCGCACCGAGCUGUGUUAUCUCACACACAUCGACGAGCGAUGCGGCGCUCCCAUUCCCGGACGUCAUCGCGUGGAUGCAUGCUGCUGUUCGGUGGGCGUGGCCUGGGGCCCAGAGUGUGACGAGUGUCCAGAGAGAGGGACAGCAGAAUUCUCGCAGCUCUGCCCACGAGGGCCUGGAUUCUCUCACCGUGGAGAUUUCAUCAACGGGAAACCCUUCCUCAAAGAUAUAAAUGAGUGUAAGAUGAUUCACAGCUUGUGCACCAACGGCCGCUGCAGGAACACCAUCGGCAGCUUUCGCUGCAGGUGUGACGGUGGAUUCGCUCUGGAUUUUGACGAGAGAAACUGUACAGAUAUCGAUGAGUGUCGCAUCUCUCCUGACCUCUGUGGUCACGGCACGUGUGCGAAUACAGCUGGUGAUUUUCAGUGUGAGUGUUUCCCCGGAUAUGAGAGCGGAUUCAUGAUGAUGAAGAACUGCAUGGACAUUGAUGAGUGUGAACGUAACCUGUUGUUGUGCAGAGGUGGAGAAUGCAUCAACACAGAGGGCAGCUUCCGCUGUGAGUGUCCCGAGGGACAUGAGAUCGCUCCUGACGGCUCGGCGUGCUUAGAUAUUAAUGAGUGUGAACUGAGUGACAGGCUGUGUAAGAACGGUCAGUGUGUCAACAUGAUCGGACGCUAUCAGUGCUCGUGUAACACUGGAUAUAAAUCCACAGAGGACAGACUGGCGUGUGUGGAUAUCGAUGAAUGCACCAUUGAGAACGGAGGCUGUGAGACUUUCUGCACAAACUCAGAGGGCAGUUAUGAGUGCAGCUGUCGCCGUGGUUACGCCCUCAUGCCUGACCUCAGGAGCUGCACAGAUAUCGAUGAGUGUGAGGACAGUUCUGAUAUCUGUGACGGCGGUCAGUGCACAAAUAUUCCAGGAGAGUUCCAGUGUCUGUGUUUUGAUGGAUUCAUGUCGUCUGAGGAUAUGAAAUCAUGUCUGGAUGUAAACGAGUGUGAGCUCAACCCAAACAUCUGUCUGAGUGGGAAGUGUGAGAACACAAAAGGUUCAUUCAUCUGUCACUGUGACCUCGGCUUCUCUGUCAGGAAGGGGACGACAGGCUGUACAGACAUUAAUGAGUGUGAGAUCGGAGCUCAGAACUGUGAUCGACAUGCGACCUGUACAAACACAGCCGGCAGUUUUAAAUGCAGCUGCGCUCCGGGCUGGAUUGGAGACGGACUGAAAUGCACAGAUCUGGACGAAUGUUCCAACGGCACACACAUGUGCAGCUCCAGCGCAAACUGCAUCAACACGAUGGGCUCGUACCGCUGUCUGUGUAAAGAGGGAUUCACUGGAGACGGAUUCUACUGCACAGACACUGAUGAGUGUACUGAGAAUGUGAAUCUGUGUGAGAGUGGACACUGUCUGAACAUCGCUGGUGGAUAUCGCUGUGAGUGUGACAUGGGCUUCAUUCCUACUGCAGACGGCACAGCUUGUGAAGACAUCGACGAGUGUUCGUUUGCUGAUAUCUGCGUGAACGGCCGCUGUCGAAAUAUCCCGGGUCUCUUCCGGUGUCUGUGUGAUCCGGGUUAUGAGCUGGACAGAAGUGGAGGAAACUGCACAGAUGUGAACGAGUGUGCCGACCCCACCACCUGCAUCAGCGGUCUGUGUGUCAACACCCCCGGCAGCUACAUCUGCAACUGUCCUCCAGACUUCGAGCUCAACCCCACGGGAGUCGGCUGUGUGGACACCCGCUCUGGAAAUUGUUACCUGGAGAUUCGUUACCGUGGUGACUUCUCUGACAGUCUGGACUGUUCUAAUGAGAUCGGUGUGGGGGUGUCCAAAGCCUCCUGCUGUUGUUCCCAGGGUCAGGCCUGGGGUUCACCCUGUGAGGCCUGCCCAUCCCUCAACUCCACGGAGUACAGAAUUCUGUGUCCUGGAGGAGAAGGAUUCCGACCCAAUCCGAUCACAGUCAUACUAGAGGAUAUCAAUGAGUGUCAGGAGCUGCCUGGAUUGUGUCAGGGUGGAAACUGCAUCAACACCUUCGGCAGUUUUCAGUGUGAAUGUCCCAAAGGUUUCGCGCUCAAUGAGGAUACCAGAAUCUGUGAAGAUGUAGACGAGUGUGAGAGGCCUGGGAUCUGCGGUCCGGGUCAGUGUUAUAACACCAUUGGAAACUACACCUGUAUUUGUCCACCUGAGUACAUGCAGAUCAAUGGAGGAAACAACUGCAUGGACAUGCGGAAGAGCUUGUGUUACAGAAACUACUACACUGAUAAUGGCACGUGUGAUGGAGAACUGGCCACCAACAUGACCAAGAAAGCCUGCUGCUGUUCAUACAACAUCGGCCGAGCGUGGAAUAAACCCUGCGAACAGUGUCCUGUACCCAGCACCAAUGAGUUUGCGGUGCUGUGUGGCAGUGAGAGGCCGGGAUACACCAUUGACAUCUACACUGGUCACGUCAUCGACAUCGAUGAGUGUCGGGACAUUGCAGGUGUGUGUGAAAACGGUGUGUGUAUCAACAUGCUGGGGAGUUUCCGCUGUGAAUGUCCCAUGGGUUUUGUGUAUAAUGACAAACUGAUCAUCUGUGAAGAUAUUGAUGAAUGUCAGAAUGGUCCAGUGUGUCAGCAGAACGCUGUCUGUCUAAAUGUUCCUGGCAGUUACCGCUGCGAGUGUAAACCAGGAUACCGGCAGACACCAACACAACAGUGUGUAGACCGUAAUGAGUGUGUUGAGAAUCCAAACAUCUGCAGUCCCGGUCAGUGUAUUGACAUGGUGGGCAGUUAUCGCUGCAUCUGCCCCAAUGGCUACAAAUCCACUCCAGACCUGUGUAUCGAUGUUGACGAGUGUGAGCGUCAGCCGUGUGGUAAUGGAACAUGCAAGAACACUGUGGGCUCCUACAACUGCCUCUGUUACCCUGGAUUCCAGCUGUCACACAACAAUGACUGCAUCGACUUAGAUGAGUGUACGUCGGUCAGAGGCUUGUGUAGGAACGGCAACUGUAUCAACGCUGUGGGUUCAUUUGUGUGCGUGUGUCUGGACGGAUAUAAACUUUCUCCUGAUGGCAGGACGUGCGUAGACAUCGACGAGUGCUUAAUCAAUCCUGGCACCUGCGGACCUGGAACCUGUCAGAAUCUAGACGGAUCCUACAGGUGCAUCUGUCCUCCUGGAUAUUACCUGGAGAAUGAGAGAUGUGAAGAUAUCGAUGAAUGCUCUCAGACCCCAGAGAUCUGUAUCUUUGGCAAGUGUCUGAACACACCGGGCAGCUUCAGGUGCGACUGUCCGGAGGGAUUUCAGCUGUCCUCAUCUGGAAAGAGAUGUGUGGAUAUUCGUGUGAAUUAUUGUUACACUAAGUUUGAGAACGGACGCUGUCUGGCACCGAAUGCUCUCAACACAACUAAAGGAAUGUGUUGCUGUAGUGCUAUGCCAGGUCAGGGGUGGGGUGACCCCUGUGAGAUCUGCCCGGGGAAAGAUGAUGAGGCGUUCGCAGCGCUGUGUUUCGCUCCUGGGAAGCGUUUGGAUGUGGAUGAUUCUGCUGUGGAUGUGGACGAGUGCUCGGAGAACCCUGGCAUCUGCACCAACGGUCACUGCAUCAACACAGAUGGGACGUUUCGCUGCGAAUGCUCAUUCGGUUACCGGCUGGACUUCUCUGGAGUUAACUGUAAAGACACAGACGAGUGUGAGCUUGGGAACCCGUGUGGUAACGGCACCUGCACAAAUGUUGAGGGAGCGUUUGAAUGCAGCUGUGAUGAGGGAUUUGAACCCGGACCCAUGAUGACCUGUGAAGAUGUGAACGAGUGUUCCCAGAAUCCUCUGCUCUGUGCCUUCCGCUGUGUCAACACGCUGGGAUCGUAUGAAUGCAAGUGUCCGGCGGGAUACGUGCUGAGGGAAGAUGGGCGGAUGUGUAAAGAUCAGAACGAGUGUGAGGACGGUCUGGAUGAAUGCGCCUCCAGAGGAAUGACCUGUAAGAAUCUGAUUGGUACUUACAUGUGCAUCUGCUCGCCGGGAUACACCAGACAGCGCAAUGGAGACAGCUGUGUGGAUCUGAAUGAAUGCACGGUCAAACCAGGCAUCUGUGAGAACGGCCGCUGUGAGAACACUGUGGGCAGUUACCGCUGCAUCUGUGAUCAAGGAUUCAGUCCCAGUCCCAGCAGAACCGAGUGUAUCGAUCACCGUCAGGGCUUCUGCUUCAUGGAGGUUCUUCAGACCAUGUGUCAGAUGAGUUCCAGCAGUCGUGUCAGCGUCAGGAAGUCUGAGUGUUGUUGUGAUGGAGGCCGCGGCUGGGGACCGAACUGUGAGCUCUGCCCGCUGCCCGGAACCGCUCAAUACAAGAAGAUGUGUCCGCUCGGACCCGGAUACACAACAGACGGACAGGAUAUUGACGAGUGUAAGGUGAUGGGAAAUCUGUGCAAGAACGGUCAGUGUUUAAAUACUCUGGGCUCCUUCAGCUGUACGUGCAAACCAGGAUACACAACUGACAUCACAGACACUCAGUGUGUGGAUGUGGACGAAUGCGUUCAGGCUCCCAAACCGUGUAACUUCAUCUGUAAGAACACUGAGGGGGGAUAUGUGUGCUCGUGCCCGCGGGGGUACAUCCUACAGGACGACAACAAGAGCUGCAGAGAUCUGGAUGAAUGUUCCACCAAACAACACAACUGUCAGUUUUUGUGUGUCAACACCAUCGGUGGAUUCACCUGUAAAUGUCCUCCAGGAUUCACACAACAUCACAGCGCGUGUAUCGAUCAUAAUGAGUGCGCCACUGAAGCGGGUCUGUGUGGUUCAAACGGAGUGUGUCAGAACAGCCCGGGCAGCUUCAGCUGUGAGUGUCAGAGAGGAUUCACACUCGACUCUAACGGACAGCACUGUGAAGAUAUGGACGAGUGUGUGGGGAAUCAUCGAUGUCAGCACGGCUGUCAGAAUCUGGUGGGUGGUUACAGAUGCAGCUGUCCACAAGGUUAUCUCCAACACUACCAGUGGAACCAGUGUGUAGAUGAGAAUGAAUGUCAUAACAGUCAGAUAUGCGGCGGCGCGUCGUGUCACAACACGCUGGGCAGUUUCCGCUGUCUGUGUCCGACGGGUUUCAACUUCGAGCAGAUGAUGGGCGGCUGUCAGGACAUCAAUGAGUGCAGCUCAUCUCAGAACCCCUGCUCGUACGGCUGCUCUAACACAGACGGGGGUUACCUGUGCGGCUGUCCAUCGGGGUACCUGAGAGCGGGACAGGGACACUGUGUGGCUGGUGUUGGUCUGGGCAGUUCUUCUCCCCCUCCAGACGCUGAUGGAGAGGAGAACGCUCUUUCUCCUGAAGCGUGCUACGAGUGCAAGAUAAACGGUUAUUCAAAGAGAGGCCGGAAGCGCAGAGGCCUUAACGGAACAGAGGAACACCUGCAGGACGAUUCGGAGUCGAGCGCUCUUGACAGCGUGGACGUCGAUGACACUCUCCAAUUCAACUUGAACAUUAGCACACUAAAAAGUCAAGAUCACAUCAUGGACUUCCUCCCUGCGCUCUCCACUCUCACCAACCACGUCCGCUACACCAUCGAGUACCGGAACGACGACGGCCUUUUUCAAAUCAACCAGAAAGAUGGCAUCAGCUACUUGCACGUGUCCAAGAAGAAAUCUGUCCAGCCGGGAGCGUAUUAUUUACAGAUCCGCAGCGUUCCUCUGUACGGUAGGAAAGAACAGCAGCGGGAUAGAGACUACCUCAGUGGGCAGCUGGGAGACGCUCUGCUCAUGAAAGUGCAGAUCCUCCUGCACUGAUUGGCCGACACCGGACAGACAGCCUGUCACAGCCGCGCUCAAAGACAACACAUACUGUAUCACACACGCUUAGAGUCCAAAUACACUCGUACGCCUUCAAGCUCAGAAAAUAUAUUAAUCCACUGUGGGAGUCUGAACGGACGGGAAGCUGCGCGUCUGCCGAUGCGCUGAGCGAACAGAGGAGGUUGAGCGUUCAGCGGGGUUCCCACGCCUGUCCACUCGUGAUUUAUAGCACUAUAUCUGCAUUGCACUCGCCAACAUCAAUAUCGCACUAGCGGAAGAAUUACUUGAGGUGUCUCGGUGAUGGUGGGAACCCCGGACAGGCGCAGCUUCAGGACGCUGGACUCUCCUCAGCACAGUCUGAUGUAUUUAACUGGUGCUAGUUAUGAGAUGAAUGCACUGUAGUAAUCAUGAAACGCACCUCGGCCCACUUCCACUGCGCGCUAGCCUUUCUCUUCUCUCCUGCCAACUAUUCCACAUGUAAUUUAAGUGUGUCUAUACUGUAACCGUGUCACUUUUUACUCUCCGAAAGCAUUUGUAAACUAUAGGAGCCCUGGAAGGAAGGGUUUGUAAUGGUGCUUAUUAUAAUGACCAACUACUUUAAACUGUGUUUAUACACAUUCUGUGACUGAAAAUCCAUGCACUGACAUCUUACUGACGCACACACACACCUGCGUCAUCAUGCGUGUGAACAUGUGUGCCAUCAUUCUGUUGUGUGCUCAGACUUGUGAGGGGUUUAGUUGUAAAUUCACAAUAAAAUCAUGUUUUGGUUUUA